GUCGCUGAGCUGGGGAGCCCGGCGGCGCGGGCCGGGACGGCACGGGCACUUUGGCCCAGUCAUUGACAGUUGGCACCGGGGGUCCUGGUCGGCCGAGGCGGGGCGUGGCGCCACAGCGGGGCGCGGGGCGGCGCAGAGAGGCUGUACCUGGCAGGUACCCACGUACCUAUCAUGGUCACUGGGCAGGUGGCGGCUACGGGCCAGGAAGGGGCCUAUGCGCGCAGCGGCGCCAGCCCGCGCCUCCCACCAGCGGCUCUCCUGGGUUAAAUCCUCCAGGCCUUCCCGCCCCCGUGCCCGGCGCUAGGAAUGCGCACGCGCGGAGGGUACGCGGCCCAGGGCCUGCUGGGAGUCGUAGUUUUAACGCGUAGUUUCUCUUCACGCCUCCUGCCUCCAGCCCCGCACCGCCGCCCUUUCCGGCUUCAGGCCCAGGAAUCGUACGUCACCGGGGGGCGGGGCUAUGCGCCCGCAGUGUUGACCAGUCGCUUAGCAACCGGGAGGCUUACCUUUGGAAGCUUGUUGCAGCUCUAGCCACGGUCCUGCCCUCUUCCCGCCCCGCCCCUCCCCUAAACUCCCUUCACCUAGGAGCUGCCAAACAUCUGGAUCAACUUGGGCACUACGAGGGGUUGAAUUUCUACCAUUAACGCGCCUUUUGACAUUUUUUUUCCCGACCUCCUGCUCACAUCCGUAAAACCCACUGAUUCUUUUACUACACUUUUUAUGAGAACAAGACAUUUUCUAGGAAGAUGGUGGCAGAAAAAGAGACCCUGGGCUUAAACAAAUGCCCAGACAAGAUGCCGAAGAGGACCAAGCUGCUGGCACAACAGCCGCUCCCGGUGCACCAGCCUCACUCCCUGGUUUCUGAGGGCUUCACAGUCAAAGCCAUGAUGAAAAACUCAGUCGUGAGAGGCCCUCCAGCUGCAGGGGCAUUUAAAGAAAGACCAACCAAGCCCACAGCAUUUCGAAAAUUUUAUGAGCGAGGUGACUUCCCAAUUGCCCUUGAGCAUGAUUCAAAAGGAAACAAAAUCGCCUGGAAGGUAGAAAUUGAGAAGCUGGAUUACCAUCAUUAUCUGCCUCUGUUUUUUGAUGGGCUUUGUGAAAUGACAUUUCCCUAUGAGUUUUUUGCUCGGCAAGGAAUCCACGACAUGCUGGAACAUGGUGGGAACAAGAUCCUACCUGUCCUUCCACAGCUCAUUAUCCCCAUAAAAAAUGCCUUGAACCUCCGAAACCGACAGGUCAUCUGUGUCACUCUCAAGGUCCUCCAGCAUCUGGUUGUGUCAGCUGAGAUGGUCGGCAAGGCCUUGGUGCCUUAUUACCGUCAAAUCCUCCCUGUCCUGAACAUCUUUAAGAAUAUGAAUGUGAACUCCGGAGAUGGCAUUGACUACAGCCAGCAGAAGAGGGAGAACAUUGGGGACUUGAUCCAGGAGACGCUGGAGGCCUUCGAGCGCUAUGGAGGAGAAAAUGCCUUUAUCAACAUUAAGUACGUGGUCCCAACCUACGAGUCUUGCUUGCUAAACUAACAGUGGCAGCAGCUGGGACUUGAAGCCUCCCGUUGGUGUUGGGAUCAUCUGUCUCUGCUGCUUUUAGCAUCUCAUUCCUUGUGACUUCCACAGCUUUCUUUUCUACAGCUGCUAAAAUAGUGGCUUAUGGGCCAUUGGACUGUUAGCCCUAUUGAGAGCAAGGCUUUCCAAUACAUAAAUAGUGCCUGUUUCUUAGAUUACAAUAGUGUACUGUGCUUAUUUGUUCUAUGAGAAGAAUUGCUUCUUUAUACAGCUCCGACAGAAGCAGGAGUCCGAGUUAAACCUUCAGUUGUAUAGACAAUAAACUAUAAUUUUCAUAUGCAAUUCAGCAAUUGCUGUUCUCUGUGUGCCUGCCCUGGGGGUGAUGUCAGAGGUUGUAAGGGAAGAGUUUAUGCUGACUGCUUAAUAGGUGUUUGUCAUGGAGGAGAAGCAUGGGUUCAGCAGUGUCCCUCUAGCAGCUGUGCGGAAUAAUGUGCUUUGACAUUCAAUAAAACUGUUGAAUCUAUAUUCCAA